GAAGACGCGACCGAAACCGACAAGGAUGGCGGCACCGUCAAGCCCGAGCUCGAACGGGACGGACCCGCCACUGCUGCCAUCCAUGCCGACAUUUGCAUCGCUUCCCGUGCCCACCUAUGUGCGCUGCCUCCACCUACACGCCGCGUUUCGCAAGGCGUUUGCUGCUCCACCGAUCCAACUGCUGCAGGACGCGGCGGCCACCGAGCGUCUCGGAGCGUCGCUCCAGGAGCUCAUCACGUGCGGACGGGCUGAUGAAGCUCAGAGUCCCAGCAGCAGUGCGAUGAUUCUCUUGCCAUCAAUACGGCUUUUUCUCCAGAUCGUUCUGGCCCAGGACCUUGCGACGUUUGCCAAGGCGCCAACCGUGUCGACGGACAUGCUAUUGAGCGUCGGCAGCUUCCAGCGCGUCCUCCUGCAUACGACACAGAGCAUCGACGCGGUACUAAGCGUCCUAUCCGCGUACCUCGAGUCGAUUUCGUAUGCGCCGGCCUUUACGGGCACACUCGUCACGCCGAUCGAAGAGCUCCAGGCGCAACUCAAGCUGCACUUGGCGCUCUGGACCGAAGAGUGGACUGCUCUCAUCACGCGGGCGGCCAAGCACAUUUGUGAUCGGCAAGGAAUUCCGUCGAUACCCACGGCCGCCGAUCGCAUGGCGCUUCGGACGAGUCCGUAUGCACAGGAGCUUCUGCACGUCGUCUUGCAGCCGCUAAGCACGUUUCUUUUGUCCGAGCCCAACGUGGCAUCGCGCAGCUACCUCUUGCAUCUCGUGUCUCGUCAUACGUUUGAAGCCUGGAUCGAAGAGCUCGCGAGUAUCACCAAAGUCUCGGAAGCGGGCAGUGUCCAGCUGCGCAAAGACGUCGAGACUGUCAAGCUCUGGUGCGGCGACAUCGACUCGCGGCACCGUGACGUCCAUGGGUACAGCCGCCUCCAGAACACGAGCACGCUCCAGCGUCUCGACAGAACCGUGGCGGCGUGGCGUCAAACCGAGAUGCGCAAGCGCCGGUCCAGCUUUGACAUGGUCAUGGAUUCAAGCCUCAUCACUACGUCGCGCCACUUGGUCGAUCGGAUGACAUUGAGCAAGUAGUGGGUUCAACCAUGUCGACAAUAUACUCCAACAUAGCAACA